AUGUUGUGGUCUGUGCAACUCUUUCUGCUUCUGGGCUGCACAACUGUCACUAUUGGCAGUGAAAUCAGACUGGUAAAUGGCAUUGACUCCUGUUCUGGACGAGUGGAGGUUCUCUAUAAUGGAACAUGGGGAACAGUGUGUGAUGAUGGCUGGGAUCUGUCAGAUGCUGCAGUGGUGUGUAGAGAGAUGGGAUGUGGGAAUGUGAUAGAGGCAAAGAGUGUUGCUUAUUUUGGACAAGGAUCAGGACAUAUAUGGAUGGAUGAUGUAAACUGCACUGGCACUGAGUCCUCACUAAAGAACUGUAGGACAAGUGGAUGGGGAAUACACACCUGUGGACAUUCUGAAGAUGCUGGAGUCAUCUGUGAAGCCUUUAUUAGGUUGGUAAAUGGCAGUGACUCCUGUUCUGGACGAGUGGAGGUUCUCUAUAAUGGAAUAUGGGGAACAGUGUGUGAUGAUGGCUGGGAUCUGUCAGAUGCUGCAGUGGUGUGUAGAGAGAUGGGAUGUGGGAAUGUGAUAGAAGCUAAAAGAGGUCCUUAUUUUGGACAAGGAUCAGGGCCAAUAUGGAUGGAUGAUGUUCAAUGUGCUGGGAAUGAAUCUACACUGAAAAACUGUUCAUCAAGUGGAUGGGGAGUAAACAACUGUAGCCAUCAACAACAUUCUGGAGUCAUCUGCCAAUCUGUAAGGUUGGUGAGUGGCAGUGACUCCUGUUCUGGACGAGUGGAGGUUCUCUAUAAUGGAACAUGGGGAACAGUGUGUGAUGAUGGCUGGGAUCUGUCAGAUGCUGCAGUGGUGUGUAGAGAGAUGGGCUGUGGGGAUGUGAUAGAGGCAAAGAGGGCUGCUUAUUUUGGACAAGGAUCAGGACAGAUAUGGAUGGAUGAUGUAAACUGCGCUGGCACUGAGUCCUCACUAAAGAACUGUACGACAAGUGGAUGGGGAAUACACAACUGUGGACAUCAUGAAGACGCUGGAGUCAUUUGCAAUUGUGAGUUAAAAAUUUCAUCUGUAAGGUUGGUGAGUGGCAGUGACUUCUGUUCUGGACGAGUGGAGGUUUUCUACAACGGUCAGUGGGGAACAGUGUGUGAUGAUGGCUGGGAUCUGUCAGAUGCUGCAGUGGUGUGUAGAGAGAUGGGCUGUGGGAAUGUGAUAGAGGCAAAGAGUGUUGCUCAUUUUGGACAAGGAUCAGGACAGAUAUGGAUGGAUGAUGUAAACUGCACUGGCACUGAGUCCUCACUAAAGAACUGUACGACAAGUGGAUGGGGAAUACACACCUGUGGACAUCAUGAAGACGCUGGAGUCAUUUGCAAUUCUGUAAGGUUGGUGAGUGGCAGUGACUCCUGUUCUGGACGAGUGGAGGUUCUCUAUAAUGGAACAUGGGGAACAGUGUGUGAUGAUGGCUGGGAUCUGUCAGAUGCUGCAGUGGUGUGUAGAGAGAUGGGCUGUGGGAAUGUGAUAGAGGCAAAGAGUGUUGCUUAUUUUGGACAAGGAUCAGGACAGAUAUGGAUGGAUGAUGUAAACUGUGCUGGCACUGAGUCCUCACUAAAGAACUCUGUAAGGUUGGUGAGUGGCAGUGACUCUUGUUCUGGACGAGUGGAGGUUUUCUACAACGGUCAGUGGGGAACAGUGUGUGAUGAUGGCUGGGAUCUGUCAGAUGCUGCAGUGGUGUGUAGAGAGAUGGGCUGUGGGAAUGUGAUAGAGGAAUGA